AUGUUACUCCUCGGGUCGCCUACCAUACUAUUGUUUGCUGCUGCAAGUUUUCUCAGGCACAAUUACCCAGAAACCUAUGCUGUCUGCUACUGGGAUAAGCCGGGCGAGAUGCGGACCCCGUCGCUCGGCUGCCCAUACAACAGAGACGUUUUCGAAACGCCCACACACCGCGGCUGGCUAGCCUUCUACGCCCUUGUCGUCAUCACGCUUCUACAUGGUCUCGUCGCUCAUCGCAACAAGCCGUGGCGUCUGCUGCAAGUCACAUUUUGGCUUCACGUCCUCACCACGGCCAUCAUCCGCUGUCUGUCUACAUUCUCCGGCUGGACAACACAAUCCGACUGGGCGAGCUUGAUCUGGAACUCCAACUCACCAGGCAAGUUCAUCUGGUUAUGGCUACUAGUCGAGAUGGGGUGUUGGAGUUGGACAUAUCUCGGCUUUUACGACGACUACUAUCUCCGCGAGGCCACGCGCACCGUCCACGACCGAAGUGGCCACCCUGUAUGGACUUUCACCGUCGACGAGACUGACGCGUUCACCUCUCCCUACAACCUCAUCUUCCGGCCGUGGCGCGACAUAGCUGUUCGACUGUCAUACGUCCACCUCAUUGACAACGCUAUCCACGUCAUUUGGUUCCGGUACUUUCACGUCGACGCUCCAUACACCGCUUACGUCAACAACUCGGAGAUGUUGACUAUUCUCCUCUUCGUCGUUCUGGCUGUAUACACGUACACGCGCAUGCGUACACACGUAUACUUUGACACCAACACCACAGAACCUCUCGUCGACACCGAGAGCAUCGUCCCAUUUCCCAUACACUCAGUCUCGCGCGACCUUUGCACGUUUGCAUCACCGCACAACCUCUUCCGCACGGCGUCGCGGAACCGUCAGUUCCUCCUGAUCUACUGGUGCCUCAUGUUUAUGUUGGACCUUGCGGCGCAUGAUUUGCUUUCGCUUUACUGGGCCGAAAUCUGCGGGUCGCUUCUCAUGUAUGGUCCAUGUGUUCUUAUAGUAAGGCAGAUCACCGACUCGUGGAAAGAGUACAAUAAGGCGUGGAAGAAGGGUGAAGAAGGUGAUGGGCAGUGA